AUGGGUCUCCUCGGCAAGGAACGCGCUGGCUCCUUCAAGGCCACAGACAACUCGGGACGCCGUUUUCUCUGGACGAUCGAUAACUUCUCGCAGUUCCCGCUUGACGCGACUCUCGACAGCGACAAUGUCACUUGCUUCACCAAAGUAAAAUUUCACCUGCACAUGACCCUAUGCGCCAGCGGUGCCGUCGGCAUCUACAUCCAUUACAAGAAGCCGCCGAUCCCGAAGUACUCGUACUACUUGACGAACUCGAAGUGUGAGGAGAUGCGCCAGCACACAGCCUACGCCAUCCCCGAGGAUUCGGAGCGCUGCGGUCACUGGAACGUGUGCAGCCACACGGACGUGAAGGAGUUCCUCGGGGAGGAUGACAAGCUGAUUGUGCAUUUUUGUUUUGAUGACGACACCCUCGUUGUGAAUCAGCUCGGGCAGAGUGAUAUAUCGGUCACGUGGUCGAUUCCGAAGCUGAAGAUGCAGAACCUGUGCCCCUACUCCUCACGGGGCUUCUUUGUGGGCGACGCGUUGCUCGUGGCCCGGUUGGACAUCAAGCCGAAAGAUGGCCAUACGGGACUUAAGUGCGCCCAAAACAACGUGGCCACGUACAUCAUAUUUGUCUUCUGCCGAAAGGGCAAUGUCCCGCCACACAGCAUCGAGCUCGUGGACUCCUCCGGCAACGCCUAUCAUCGCAUAGAAAGGAACGGUGAUCAGUCGGCGCUGACGGCGCUGGUGGACCGCAGUGUGGUUGAGAAGAACGUCGGGAGCGCCGGCUCCCUCCUCAUUAGAAUCAACUUCUCCACUAGUGGAAACCCGUUGGAUUUCCUGAACAUGCUUAGCGGUCUCGGCAGCGCAGAAGGUGAGCGGAAGGGCAGCACCGGCGAUGGUCGGUCCGUCGAGGUGGGCAACAAGAGGGAACUGUACAAUGUCAUGGACGACUAG